GUCCCUUCACGCUUCAUCAUAAGUACACUUCCACUUUUUAUUUUCAUGGAUAAAGAUUAGCAGGAGACAGCCAAGAGUCUAUGGUAGCCACUGUGGGAAAAACAUCACACCAAGUCUUCUGCUUCAUGAGAACGAGAAACAGAGCAGAUAAAUACAAUCUCACAUUACCCCGCAAGCGAUUGCAAUGAAGACCUUGCUCAAAUAUUUCUGGAGUCUCCAGUUUCCACGCACAUUUUUUCAUCCUUCCAAGAGACACCUGGCCUCUCUAGUCGCCCCAGACUUUGAAGAUAUAAAUGACGGUAAACGUGAGGUGCCUGAGUAUUUCAAUUUUGCAAGUGAUGUUCUGGACCAGUGGGUGCAAGUGGAAAAGGCUGGAAAGAGGCCUCAGAACCCAGCCUUCUGGUGGGUGAAUGAUGAGAGGGAAGAGGUGAAGUGGAGUUUUGAGGAACUGGCACUCUUGUCCCGAAAGGCUGCCAAUGUCCUGACAGGUCCGUGCGGCUUGCAGCGAGGUGACAAAACCAUCACGAUUCUGCCACGGGUUCCAGAGUGGUGGUUACUGAAUGUAGCCUGCAUGAGAACAGGCAUUGUUUUUAUUCCGGGAACAUCCCAGCUGACAGCAAAAGACAUUUUCUAUAGACUCCAGGCCUCCAAAGCUAAAUGCAUUGUAGUCAGUGAUACACUGGCCCCCACAGUGGACUCUAUUGCAUCUGAAUGCACCUUUUUGAAAACCAAGCUCAUAGUGUCUAACAGCAGCAGAGAUGGCUGGCUGAAUUUCAAGGACCUGUUCCAAGCAGCACCUGCCAAGCAUGACUGCGUGAAGACAAAGAGUCAGGAUCCAUCACUCAUCUAUUUCACAAGUGGAAGCACGGGCAAACCCAAAAUGGUAGAGCAAUCCCACUGCUUCGGUAUUGGAUUUGCAUCCAGUGGCAGGCACUGGAUGAAUCUGAGUCCCUCCGAUAUAUUCUGGAAUACAUCAGACCCAGGAUGGGUGAAGUCAGCCUGGAGUAGCUUGUUUGCUCCAUGGCUCAAUGGAUCGUGUGUAUUUGUGCACCAUCUGCCACGGUUUGAGCCCUCUGUCAUAGCCAAUACUCUCACAAGAUAUUCAGUCACUACUUUCUGCACAGCUCCCACUGCAUACCGGAUGUUGGUUCAAUACAAUCUCACCAGGUAUAAAUUCAUGAGUCUGAAGCACUGCGUGACUGGAGGGGAACCACUUAUCCCUGAAGUGUUUGAACAAUGGAGAAAACAGACCGGGCUGGAUAUCUAUGAAGGCUAUGGACAAACAGAAACAGUAACAAUAUGUGCUAAUGUAAAAGGAAUGAAAAUUAAAGUGGGAUCAAUGGGAAAGGCAUCUCCACCGUACGAUGUCCAGGUUGUAGAUGACCAAGGCAAUAUUCAGCCUCCGGGAAAAGAAGGGGAAGUUGCCAUUAAAAUAAAACCCAAGCGGCCCUUUUGUCUUUUCUCACAGUACUUGGAUAACCCUGAGAAAACCGCAGCCACUGAGCGCGGGGAUUUUUAUACCACCGGAGACAGAGCAAUUAAAGACGAAGAGGGCUAUUUUUGGUUUGUUGGAAGAUCGGAUGAUGUUAUUAACUCUGCUGGGUAUCGUAUUGGCCCCUUUGAGGUGGAAAGUGCCUUGACUGAACACCCAGCGGUUGUUGAAUCUGCUGUUGUGAGCAGUCCAGAUCCCAUCAGAGGAGAGGUGGUGAAAGCUUUUGUCAUAUUGUCGCCGGCCUUUUUGUCACGCGACCCAGAAAAAUUAACCAAGGAACUCCAAGAGCAUGUGAAAACAGUUACUGCUCCCUACAAAUAUCCUAGAAAGAUUGAGUUUGUUGAAGAACUGCCCAAAACUGCCGGUGGAAAAAUUCAGAGGAGUGUACUGAGGAAACGCGAAUGGGGGCAAGCCUAGUUCGACUUGCGGAUUUGCAAAUGAAGCAUCUUUCUAACAAGGGCCAUUUUCUGUUCUUGAAAUUGUGACUGCACCAAGCAAAAAGUCCAAGUAGGAACUAACCAUGGCUGAAUUUCCCUCUGAAUUUUGGACUCCUGAAUUACCAGACCAUGAUGUAAGGUGAAACUUGAGCCUUUGGAAUCUUCCACUGCUCUAUUUUUAACAUUUCCAAGUACUGAAUGGUACAUGUGCAGUUUGCUCUAACUUACAUGUCUUCAUUUCAUUCAUGGUUUCAUCUUUCUCCCAUAGAAUCGUAGGGUUGGAAGGGGGUCCAUGGGCCAUCAAGGCUAACGCUAUGGCCAGACAGAAUGCAGAAGCUAACAAGGUCUUAAAAACUGACCAAUAAUAUGAAACUUGUGUGAGGAACUGGAUGCCAGGAAACACUUGCAAAUAUAUGCUAUAUAUUUAUUAUGUUAUGCAAAUGAUCAUAGAAUCAUAGAGUUGGAAGAGACCACAAGGGCCAUCCAGUCCAACCCCUUGCCAUGCAGGAACUCACAAGCAAAGCAUCCCAGGAGAGAUGGCCAUCCAGCCUCUGUUUAAAGACCUCUAAAGAAGGAGACUCCAUUACACUCUGAGGAAGGAGUGUGUUCCACUGUCAAAUAGCUCUUAUUGUCAGGAAGUUUUGUCCAGAGCCAGGGACAGCUGAAAUUCUGGGAAACUCAUUGUCUGUAAUGCACAAUACCCUUCAUCUUUGUCUGUCUGAGUUACGUGUAUUAUUACUUGUUCAGUCAUAUGAUACUGUUUGUUAAUCUUGCUAGUAAUUCUUUUUUCACCAUUGUUAGUGUAUAAUUGGAUGGAUUGUGACUCAUGAAAAUGUGAAUAAAUGAAAAUACUAAAAACAAAACCUAAAA